ACAACACUACAUGGUCUACUGGGUUGGUGUGUGGGAUAAACUACAGUGUUUUCUUCUCCUUACUAAAAUAUAUUUUCACACGAUUGGCACAAGAGCUGGUGGUCUCCAUGGCUAUGCUCCUGUCAGAAAACAACAGGUCUUUCCUUCCCACCACCAAGACUCCUCUCCACAAUGCCACAGAAUGGAUCCUGGUCCACAGCAUCAUCCCUCCCUACAUCUUCACCCUGUGUGUGACGGGGCUGCUGGGUAAUGGCUUUGUCCUGCUGGUCUUCCUUCUCCAGAGGGAGCAGUGCUCCGUCCCAGAGAUCUACCUGGGAAACCUGGCCCUGGCUGACCUGCUCCUCCUGGCCUGCCUGCCCUUCUGGGCCAUGAACAUCCUUAAUGACUACAACUGGCCUUAUGGAGACUUCCUGUGCCACGUAGUCAAUCUGUCUAUCACUGUCAACUUCUACACCAGCAUCUACCUAUUGGUGAUGGUGAGCGUGGACCGCUACUUAGCGCUGGUGAGGACCAUGAGGGCCAGGUGGCUGAGGAGGAAGCGCUACGCACGGGCGAUAUGCCUCAUACUGUGGCUGUUUGGGCUGCUGAUAGGGGGUCUAGCUUCGCUUCACAGAAAGGUGACGUUCAUUGAGGAAUAUCGGACAAUGGCGUGUAUUCUGGAGUAUCCUGACCACUCUGGGGAGUCUUGGAAGCUGGCCCACAACCUCCUGUUGAACAUAGUUGGCUUUGUUGUACCUGUUGUGGGGAUUUUUUCCUGCAGUUGUAACAUUAUCAGAGCCUUGAGGAAGAGGAGGAAGAGUGUUUACAUAGAGGGUGGAAACGACAGGAAGGCCACAGUCCUCGUUUACGCCGUGACGCUGCUGUUUUUUGUAUGUUGGAGUCCCUUCCAACUCUUCACCUUACUCGAUAUGCUGUGUGAUGCAGAGGUCUUGGAUGAAACGUGGCAUUAUACACUGGACAUUGGUACCCAGUUUUCAACCUACCUAGCAAUUCUGAACAGUAGCCUAAAUCCUCUGUUGUAUGUAUUUUCUGGUCAGUAUUUUAGGAGGAAAGUUAGCACCAUCUACAAGAGAACGAAGAAUCGCAGGAGAUCUGAUACAAUGGCAUUUCAGCUUUCAAUUGUAUCAACCUACCUCCACAGGACUGAUCAAAUCAAACCUGUUGUAAUACAGACAUGAGUUCCUGCAUUUUCCUGCACAUUUGUUUGAUAUCAUGUAGUUAUUGCACACUAAAUUGCAUUUUCAACGUUGAAUUACACAAUGUAGCCACAUAAAAUGUGUGCAAUCUUGAACUACAUUAUGUAGGUCUAUAAGGUUUAGAUUGUGUAGGAGAUAUGUUUACGGCCACGGAAAUUAUGUGAUAUAAAUACUAUGCAUGCCAGUCUCUCUUGGCUAAGAAUUGAGGAGAGACUGACUGAAUCACUUAUUUUUAUAAGAAACAUUGUGUUGAAAAUCACAAAUUGUUUGCAUAAUCAACUUACACUCAGCUCUGACAAACACACUUAUCCCACCAGACAUGCCACAAGGGGUCUUUUCACAGUCCCCAAAUCCAGAACAAA